ACAAAGCACCGAGUGGUAUUGCUUUGAGCGAAGUGAAAUGGCUGAGAACGUCGUCUCUUUUCUGUUGGAAAGGAUCCAUGAUUUGCUCACAGAAAAAGCCAACUUCUUGAUGGAUGUCCGUAACCAAAUUCAGCUGUUGCAGCAAGAGUUACAGAUUAUGCGCAGCUUCCUAAGAGAUGCAGAUUCAAGACAAGAAAAAGAAGCAGCUGUACGAGAGUUCGUUGCACAAAUCAGAGAUGCUGCUUAUGACGCGGAAUAUGUCAUCGAAAAAUUUGUCCACGAAAUAGAGUCCACCAAACGCAACCGUCGGAGGCACAAGAUCUCUCUGUCUUACAGAUUUUUUAAACGCGGCAGAAAAGUAAAAGUGCUGUACAACGUUGGGUCAAAGAUUGAGGAGAUCAAGGGCCGCAUCUCUCAACUGAGGGUGAACCUGGAAACAUAUGGCAUAAGGAUAUUGAAGGAAGGAGAGGGGCCGAGCUAUUCUGACAGGGUUGUGCCCAACUUACGCCGCAGUUUCUCUCACUCCGUCAACCAUAAUGUUGUUGGUUUGGUGGAAGCUGCCAAGACAUUAGCGACUGAGCUUGUGAAACCAGGAAACUCCGGCAGUCGAGUGGUUUCAAUAUGUGGAAUGGGAGGGUUAGGCAAGACCACUUUGGCUAGGAAGGUUUACCAUCAUGAUGAAGUUAGGGAUCAUUUUUCUCACUUCAUUUGGGUGUGCGUAUCUCAACAAUAUCAAACAAGGGACAUUUGGGAGCAAAUUCUGUUUAAACUUUCGUCCCCUGACAAAAAGGAGAGAAAGAAGAUCGCAAAGAUGAAAGAUGAUGAGGUAGCUAAAGAACUUUUUGUGCUACUUAAGAAUAUGAAAAGCUUGGUGGUUCUUGAUGACAUCUGGGAAUCGAAUGCGUGGUCAUUGCUAAGUGCUGGAUUUCCAACUCACGAGGACACAGAAACCAAAGUGCUACUUACAUCGCGCAACAAAUGCGUAGCGUAUCGAGCAGAUCCGAGAGGUUUCCUCUAUGAACCAUCGUGUCUAAAUGAUGAAGAUAGCUGGGAACUGUUCCAUAAGGUAGCAAUUGUUCAAAGAGUGCAAGCAUAUGGAGAUCACCCACCAGCUACAGGGGCAAAAAAUUCUGAAAAUCCUUUGAUGACAGUGGAAAGCAUGGAAAAACUUGGGAAAGAAAUGGUAACACAUUGUCGUGGUCUGCCGCUGGCCAUUAUUGUGCUUGGAGGUGUUUUGGCAACAAAACAUUUCAUUGAUGAAUGGGAGACAGUACAUAAAACUAUCAAAUCACACCUGAAAACAAUCAACGGCGCCCACAGAAGUGCUGAACUUGGAAUUAUGGAGGCGUUAGCACUAAGUUAUGAUGAUUUGCCAUAUCAGUUGAAACCAUGCUUUCUUCAUUUAGGCCAAUUCCCAGAGGAUUUUGAAAUGCCUACACGGAGACUAAUCAAUCUGUGGGUUGCAGAAGCCAUGAUACCAACUCAAUCAUCAAAUGAACGAGAGAACGAGGAAACAUUAGAGGAUGUUGCAUAUCGUUACUUGACAAUGUUGGCAGAAAGGUAUUUGGUUCAAGUGGAGAGAAGAAGUGCAACUGGAAGGAUUAAAAGUUGCCGCAUGCAUGAUCUUAUACGAGAACUAUGUUUGAUGAAGGCCAAGGAGAAUGAUUUCUUCCAAAUCAUAGAACUUCGUGACAGUAACAGGAAAAUGGAGUUGUUCUCUUCCCCAAUGGUUAACAGACCAGUUUCAACAGGUAGGAUGCGGAGAGUUUCCAUUUAUUUAAAAGAUUUUAGUGGGUUUAUCUCUUUGGGAACUGAAGAAUGUCCUCCGGUUAGGUCUGUAUUGGGAUGCAGCAACAACAAGAUACAUAGUGUAAUAGGUCAGGAGCUGAUUGAAUCCAUAGUCAGCAGGUUCAAGUUCCUUAGAGUCCUAGAUCUUGAAGAUAUUCAAGGAUUCGCAAUACCAAAAGGAAUAGGGAAUUUGAUCCAUUUAAGGCUUUUGACAGUAAAUUCCUGUUGGACAGGAGUGCUUUUGUCAUCUAUAGGCAACUGGAGAUUCUUGUUGGCCCUAUACAUAGAUCCAUUCAAAUCAGCAGAACUAAUUCCAGAUGUGAUUUGGAAGAUGAAAAGAUUGAGGCAUUUGUAUCUUCCAGUGCAGUAUGGCAGGCGUACCAAGAAGUUACAGUUUGCUAAUCUCAAUGACCUGCAGACCUUAAAAAACUUUCCAGCAAAGAUAGCAGAUGUGAAGGAUCUGACCACACUGCCUAAUCUCAGAAAAUUGGUAGUACAAAUACCUGAUGACAGCAAGCUCGAUGAGUUCAUGGCAAUCUUCCAACCACCAUUCACAUUUAACUAUCUAAGAUCGUUGUCAGUAGAUACUCGGAUGAAUGCUAGAAAAAAUAUAGAUGUUGCAAAAAUCAGAUCAUGCUGCCCUCGCCUUGAGAAGCUGAAACAAAAUAGAAGGAAAAUCUUCCUGAAGUACCAAAACACUCUCCAAUAGCCUACAUCUUAGCGUGAAGCUUCCAGAAGUAUUACUAGAUUUUAUUUUGAACAUCAGCUUUUCAAUGCUUUUGUACCUGAAAAAUGAGGAAGACUGAUCAUGCCCACUCCCAGGAAGCUGCCUGCCUAAGCUUAACAAUCGUCUACUCAUGCCCAUUUGUUGAUCAAUCGAAUUUGCUCCAGCUACUUUUACUUGUUCUCUAUAUAUAUGUUUGUUUUUGUGUUAUUUUUCUCUGUUGGUUUGUUUAACGUUGGAUGGUCAUCCUUAUUUGUCUGUCAAUGUUUCAUGUUCUGUUUUUUA